AUGUGCGAAGGCAUCUUCGGCCUCGAGUUCUGGUAUAUUUCCGCACCAUUGCGUUGCGAGGGAGUCGAAUUAAAAUGCCCGGGCGUGGACAUGGGCGGUUUACAGGGCUUUGGCGUAGACGGUUCAAAAGGCUUCUGUGUCCGCAACAUGUCGUUCGGCGCCUUUAACCUACUACACAGACCGCCGGCAGGAUUACUUGACCAAGCGCUGAUGAAACGAAAUCGUCUUGCUCCACUGUCUCCAAUAGAGAAACUACCGCUAGAGUUGAUGAGCAGCAUCUAUCUACACCUUCACCCAACCGACUGCAUCGCCCUCGGGCUUUGCUCUCAAACCCUUUGGAUCCAAGCCAUGGCUUUUAUUCGUCACUCUCGCCGUUCAUCAACGUGGGUAGAUACACCGGUAUUCAUCGCCAGUGGUAAACAACUGCUUGCUCUUCGAGAGGCCAGUCACAACAAUGAAUCUGAACUUCAAGAACCUCAAGAUGGAACCCAGGACGUGGUUCGCAUGUUGACGAAGUCACAGAACCCUCACCUGUUUAAUGUGCUAAAGCAGGCGAGGAGUCAGAACCAGUUACGCGACUAUGCUUCCUUGAAUUCCUCGGGUAUGAACCCCCCUUACCUCCAAGAGCUUGUCCGGCUAUCACCAACGAGUGGUAUUUCGAAAGGGUUUCAUCGGCUUAUGGAGUCGUGCCUGUUUCCCGAAGAAUUUGGUAGUCAAGGCCAGUGGUGCCUUCGUGAUUUUACCACCAACGAAUAUAUCCGAAUGGAACCUGUCCGGGAUCCUAGCAUCUCUGAGCAUCCUACUAUCUCGCUGGCUCGAAACCCGUGGAUGACUCUGGAUAUUUUACUUAUAUGGCUUAUUACAUGGGAAGCAGGACGGAACAGACCACCGGAAAACAUCCCCAGAGAGAUCUUAAGAGACCAGAUCACCAAGAUAAUGACCAACCGUGGUGCCAUCAUUACCGCAUCCGAUGUUACUCAGAUCCGUUCGUAUUUCACAGAUAUGUCUUCUGGACGAUGGGCAGGACAUUCUUUAGAUGUUGUGCAACUGGUGCACAGCAAGAUGGAAAGCGGCUGGACAGAUAUCACGGGCGAGAUUCAGGAUGCCUCCCAACGAUGGUUUGUUGCAAUAUUCUAUGAUGCAGUUAGGUUGGGACAGACCAAAUACAUCGAGUACUGGAGGCGGUUUGCAAUAGGCCAGAUGAACAAGUAG